AUGUCCGGAUUCCAUGCAAAAGCGCAGUUGACACAUACAUUGAGUACGGCAAGCACACCGUCAACUCCGCCACCAACCCCAACUACACCAGAAUCUCAGAAAUCAUCCGCCUUUCAAACUGCAAUCCUCACUCCGAACUGGAAAAAAAUUUGUAAUGCAGUAGAAUUGGCCGAGAUCGAGAAGGUUUCGAAAGAUGAUGAGAAUCAUGUGGAUACGUUGCAAAUAACGCCAACAACGAACUCAUCAUCACUCAACAAUCGCACUUCUUACCUUAUAAUUUCUUGA